UGUUCUUGUUAAUUAUACAUUGUUAUAUCGAGAAAUUACAGUUUUGAAGGUUUCAUAAUGCGUGACGGGAAGAUAUGACUGUUAUAUAAGUCAUGCCAAGCUUUUAACAUUAGGCCUAAAAGGAACUAGCCACCCAGCAAUGUCAGAGAUAAAGGUUGGAAUACUGACUGUGAGUGACCGGUGUUCCCGUGGGGAGGCGGAGGAUACAGCAGGUGCAAAUCUGAAGGACCUCGUAGCCAAGAACACUCUUUUCCGAGGACAGGUGGUUGAGUAUUGCUGUGUUCCUGAUGAAGUGGACCAGAUAAAAGAGAUGUUACUCAAGUGGUGUGAUGAGAAAGAAGUUAAUCUGAUCGUUACUGUGGGUGGGACUGGAGCAGCGCCACGGGAUGUAACUCCAGAAGCUGUGAAAGAGGUAAUUGAAAGGGAAGCAACUGGCAUGUGUAUAAAUAUGAUGACACAGUCGCUCAAAGUUACCCCACUUGCCAUGUUAUCACGUCCAGUGUGUGGGUACCGCUCGAAGAGUUUGAUUGUAACCGUGCCAGGGAGCAAGAAGGGAUCUGAAGAAUGUCUAAGGUUCAUUGCUCCAGCAAUUCCCCAUGCCAUUGACCUUCUUACGGGACAGAAGACAGCUGUAGAAAAGACCCAUGAGCAGCUACAAGCAGAAGGAAUAAAAACUAGACAUGGGCAUCAUCACCACCACCACCCAUCUCACCAGCCUCACUGUCAUGGUCACCAUCACCACCACCAUCACCAGGGACAUCACCAUCAUCAUGCAAGUGAAUCUGGGAAUAGUGAGUCAAAGGCAGAUGUUACAACAGUGUGCAGACGUCCCAGGAAGUCUCCAUAUCCAAUGAUUUCUGUCAGCCAAGCCACUGAGAUUGUAUUAUCACAUGCAGAGAAGGGUUCUACAAAGACCCUUCCUAUGCAUGAGGCCCUAGGCUUUGUGCUUGCAGAGGACAUCUUUGCCAAAGACCCACUACCUCCUUUCCCGGCUUCUAUAAAAGAUGGUUAUGCAAUCGUCUCCCAGGAUGGAGCAGGUAUCCGCAAGGUUGGAGGAGAUGCAACAGCUGGUUGUGGACCUGAAGAUUAUAAAGUGACCAGUGGUAUGUGUAUCAGAAUUAACACUGGUGCUCCUGUGCCACCAGGUGCUGAUGCUGUUAUACAGGUAGAGGACACAGAGCUUGUUAAGGAGAGUGAAGAUGGCAAAACUGAACUUGAGAUAAAACUCCUCAAGGCACCUUCUGUGGGUCAGGAUAUCCGUCCUUUAGGGUGUGAUAUUGCAGUCGGGGAAAAGGUUCUUGCUUCAGGAACUCUUCUUGGUCCCCCUGAAAUGGGUCUCCUUGCUACCGUAGGAGUCACACAUGUUGCUGUUAUAAAUAAACCAACUGUAGCAGUCUUGUCAACAGGUAAUGAGCUCCAGGAACCAGGAGAGCAAUUAAAGGAAGGACACAUUCGCGACAGCAAUAAGACAACCCUCGUAUCCCUCCUGCAUCAACACAACAUCCCAGUUGUAGAUGCAGGGAUUGCCAAGGAUGACCCUACCUUAUUGCUUGCAGCUCUUCGGAAAGCUCUGGACCAGGCAAGCAUCUUGGUCACCACGGGCAGUGUAUCCAUGGGAGAACGGGACAUUCUGCGGCCUGUGCUCACUUCAGAUUUUGGGGCAGAGAUUCAUUUUGCACAGGUCUUCAUGAAACCUGGAAAGCCUACCACAUUUGCCACAUGCCUGUAUAAGGGGGAGAAGAAGCUAAUUCUCGGACUUCCAGGAAAUCCAGUGUCAGCCAUAGUUACCUCCAACCUUUACCUACUCCCUCUCUGUCGCAAAAUGAGUGGUCGAAGUGCUGUUGAGAACACAUGUAUAAAAGUAAAGCUGUCCUCCACCAUAUCUCUCGAUCCCCGGCCAGAGUAUCACCGAGCCACUUUAUGCUGGGCACCUGGAGAGGAUUUUGCCAUGGCAUAUUCUACUGGAAAUCAGCUCUCAUCGCGACUGCUUUCUAUGGCAUCAGCCCAAGCAUUACUUAAACUUCCUCCUCGCACUGAGCAAACAAAAAGUAUCUCAGAAGGGUCUCUGGUGGAGGCUCUUUUGCUUGGCAUGUGAGGGUAGUAUUUGGUUAGCAUUACUUGGUUGUUGAUUCAUUUUUAUAAGAAUGUUAUGGGGAAGCUUGUUAGGCCAAAUGUUUGUAAAAGUUCAAUAAAACAUUCAGUUAUUUUUAAAAAUUGUCUUGUUAUGAUUGCUAUGAUCUUUACUUUUAAUUGACUUGCUUUAAAAAAAAAAUAGAGGAGGAAACAUGUUUAACCAAACAUUGGGAAAAAUUUGAGAAAAAAAAAAUUGUUUUAUGUCAGAGAAGUUUGCAUUGAUAUUUAAGUAGCAUUUAACAGAGUUUUCAUUAUAUUAAAUAUUAGAUUCUUUUCUGGAAAUUAUUUUUUGAUCUCUGAUUUUUUAUCUAAGUGUGUAAUUUGAAUCUGCACAUAUAUUGAUUUAAUUGUAUAUUGAAAGUUUGUUUCUUUUAAUUAUUUAAAUGUUAGAGCUGCGAAGAACCCAGUGAUAUGAUAUAAUGGCAUUUCAUUCUUUGUUUAUAAUAUGUUUCAUAUUCCUCACUAAUUAUGUAGACAAUGAUAAAGAAUGUGUCUUUUUUGGUUAAAUUGUCAUUUACAAAGGGAGUCUUGUUGGACCCAUAGCAGGUAAAAAAAUGGUGCUAAAGUUUAAGCACAAAGUUCAUUUCAUGGGGGUAUAAAUGGAUGGUUUUGACAAAUGUUUAGAAUUGUUAAGAUUUUCAGAUUUAUAUUUUACAUAAGUACAAUGAUGAGAUUAAAAAAUACAUGUA